AUGCAUCGCGUGCGCCCUACCGUGGUCGGCGGGGCUAAUGCCUGCUCCGUGAGAAAGCGACACUGUUCCUGGCACAGGUUCCUAAGAUGCGUGCUUACAAUUUUUCCCUUCCUAGAAUGGAUGUGUAUGUAUCGAUUCAAGGAUUGGCUUCUUGGAGACUUACUUGCUGGUGUAAAUGUUGGCCUUGUGCAAGUUCCCCAAGUCCUGACGUUCAGUUUGCUGGCAAGGCAACUGAUUCCUCCUCUCAAUGUCGCUUAUGCAGCUUUCUGUUCUUCGGUAAUUUAUGUCAUCUUUGGAUCAUGUCAUCAAAUGUCCAUUGGUUCCUUCUCCCUCGUGAGCGCUCUGAUGAUCAAUGUUCUGAAAGUGAGCCCAUUCAACAGCGGUCACCUGGUCAUGGGGACUUUCGUCAAGGAUGACUUUUCUGUCCCCUCCUUCUCUACGAACUAUAAUAAAUCCUUGAGCGUGGUGGCAGCCACAACUUUUUUGACUGGGAUUAUUCAGCUAUCAAUGGGCACGAUAGGUCUGGGCUUAGUUAGCACUUACCUUCCGGAGGCCGCCAUCAGUGCCUACCUGGCCGCCACGGCGCUGCACAUCAUGCUGUCCCAGCUGACCUGCGUCUUCGGGAUUGUGAUUAGUUUCCACUCUGGUCCCAUCUCCUUCUUCUACAACAUUAUUAAUUAUUGUAUGGGACUUCCAAAAGCUAAUUCCACCAGCAUUCUGCUAUUUCUAACUGCUGUUGUUGCUUUGAGAAUCAACAAAUGUAUCAGAAUUUCUUUCAAUCAAUAUCCCAUCGAGUUUCCCAUGGAAUUAUUUCUGAUUCUUGGUUUCACUGCAUUUGCAAACAGGAUAAACAUGGCCACAGAAACCAGCAAGACACUCAUUGACAUGAUUCCUCACAGCUUCCUGUUUCCUGUAACGCCAGAUUUCAGCAUUCUUUCCAAGAUCAUUUUACAAGCCAUCUCCUUAUCUUUGGUGAGCUCCUUUCUGCUCAUUUUUCUGGGGAGGAAGAUUUCCAGUUCUCAUAACUACAGAGUCAAUUCCAACCAGGAUUUAAUAGCCAUUGGAGUUUGCAAUGUCGUCAGUUCAUUUUUCAGAUCUUGUGUGUUUACUGGUGCUGUUGCCAGGACUAUUAUCCAGGAUAAAUCUGGAGGAAGACAACAGUUUGCAUCUCUGGUAGGCGCAGGUGUGAUGCUGCUCCUGAUUCUGAAGGUGGGAUUCUUCUUCUACAAGCUGCCAAAUGCUGUGCUGGCUGGUAUUAUUAUGAGCAACGUCCUUCCCUACCUUGAAACCAUUUACAACCUACCCAGUCUAUGGAGGAAGGACCAAUAUGACUGUGCUAUUUGGAUAGUGACAUUCUUAUCUGCAAUUUUCCUGGGACUGGACGUUGGACUACUUAUUUCAUUAGUUUUUGCUUUCUUCAUCAUCACGGUCCGUUCACACAGAACUCAGAUUCUUCUCCUGGGUCAAAUCCCUGACACCAACAUUUAUAGAAGCAUCCACGACUAUGGGGAGAUCGUCAGCGUGCCGGGGGUGAAGGUUUUCCAGUGUUGCAACGCCGUCACCUUUGUCAACGUCCACCAGCUGAGACGCAGGCUGCUAAAGGAGGUUGGCAUGGAAAGGGUGCCCCUUAAAGAAGAAGAAAUUUUCGCCCUGUUCAAUCGAAGUGAUACCAACCUACGGGGAGAAAAGAUCUGUAGGUGUUUCUGCGACUGUGAUGAACAGGAGCCACCACCCAGGAUUGCUUACACGGAACGGUUUGAAAAUAAAGCGGAUCGCGAUUCCUCCUCCGUUAACCUGAUUCGCUGCUCACGUUUCAAUGAUGGGAACACGAGUCAAAGCGCGUCGGAAGACCAAGUCCCGUACGUGGCAUCGUCCUUGGCGCAAAGAAAUCAAGGGCAGAACUAUGAGGACGUGGAGGAAGUCUGGCUUCAGAAGGAAAGGCCCAGCCACAGCCCCGUCCCAGUGGCCGACGCCGUGGAAAGUCCGGGGAGGAGCAGAUCGCUCAUCCCCUACUCGGAUGAGGUGCUGCCGCCCACCCACACCGUCAUCCUGGACUUCUCCAUGGUGCAUUACGUGGAUCCAUGGGCUUUGGUCAUAUUAAGACAGAUGUGCAAUGCUUUCCAAAACGCCAACAUUUUGGUGCUCAUUGCAGGGUGUCACUCUUCUGUGGUCAGGGCAUUUGAGAGGAAUGAUUUCUUUGACGCUGGCAUCACCAAGGCCCAGCUGUUCCUCAGCAUCCAUGACGCCGUGCUGUUUGCCUUGUCAAGGAAGUUUCUAGAGCCCUCCGAUUUAAGCGUGGAUGAAUCUGAGACAGUGAUACAGGAAACCUACUCAGAAUCAGACAAGGCUGACCACUCAAGACAUAAAAUGAGCAGGAGUCCUCCAGAAAGCCCAAAAUAUCCAAAUCCAGGCUUUGCCAGGACCCGGGAGCCAGCAGAAGAGGAGUCGGAACUAGAUUUGCAGCUGCAGCGCGUGAUGGAGUCAGAACAACAGACUGAGCUGGAUCUAGACCUUGACCUGGAUCAGGAGCUGGAACCUGAGUCGGAGCCGGAGCCCGAAACUGAGCCUGAGGCCGAGCCCCUGACUGAGACCGAGACCGAUCUGGAGCUGGAGCUGGGGCCCAAAUCCAGGCCAAGGGCUCACGCUUUGUCUCGGCAGCACUACCAGCCUGCGUAUCAGCCUGCGGCUCCCUCGCCCCCUUCUCAGCCUCAGCAGCCUCAGACGCGGUCAGGGGAGAGGAGACGGCACCAGAUGGAUCCAUACUCAUCUGAGGGCAACAGCAAUGAGGAUGCCUGGGAGACGAACUGGAAAUAA